CUGGCUCUUUAAAAGCGAGCAUCCACAGUCUAACUAAAGACUGCGUGGAUUUUAGGGGAGGAAAGAAAGAACUACUGAAGACCGCAACCAUGGUUGACAAGUUUGUAGGAACCUGGAAGAUGAUUUCCAGCGAGAAUUUUGAUGAUUACAUGAAGGCACUGGGAGUGGGUUUUGCCACCAGGCAGGUGGGGAACCGAACCAAACCCAACUUCAUAAUGAGCGUGGAUGAUCAGGGGAUGAUCUGCAUGAAGUCUCAGAGCGCCUUUAAAACCACUGAGGUCAAGUUCAAGCUCAAUGAGCCUUUUGAUGAGACAACUGCUGAUGACCGAAAGACUAAGAGUGUGGUCAGUCUGGAUAAUGGUAAACUAAUCCAGAAACAGAGCUGGGAUGGCAAAGAGACCAGUAUUGAGAGGGAGAUCUCUGAUGGAAAACUGGUUGCGAAAUGCAUUAUGGGAGACGUGGUGGCAGUGAGGACGUACGUAAAGGAGUGACCUUUUCCUUGAUGACCAGCUCAGUUUAAUGAGCAUGCUC